CCACUCCCCUCAUGAGGGAGCUGCAGGCCGCCAUGAGGCCUUGCCUCAGGCUGCUCUGCUCUGGGCUGAACACACCACGGGCCCUCAGCCACUCAUACGUCUUCCCCUCUAGACCCUUUACCAUCUUCGUUGCCCUCCUUUGGACGCUCUCUAACAGCUUUAUAUCUUUCUUAUUGCCCUGCAAGGAGGAGAAGAUCACAGAGAGCCUGCCAGGGACUGCGUUUGACCUCACUUGGGAGGGACCUGGACAUCCCAGAGGGCUGGCCAGCAGUGCUGGAGAUAGGCAGAGCCUGUACAACUUUGUCCUGCAGCCUCAGAGGGAAGUGUGAGGGUUUUUCAAAGAAACCUUCCUCUGCAUGUCUGUGGCUGCGUGCCAUAGGCAGAGCAGCCUGAAGGGGCCCUGGGAAGACAUGGCCAAGGCUUUGGGGGCUGAUGUGAAACACCAAUGCCAAGCCCACAACACAUGGCGGGUAGAGUGGGCAGUGGCACUGCAGAAACCCCAGAAACACGUGCUGGGGCCUAAGCACUGCUGGAGAACAUGCUGCAGGUGAGGACGGCCCGUUGUGAUGUCGCAGUGAUGGACUGUGACAUCCUGGUGGCGAUGUCCCCAGCUGGUGGGCAAUGAGGUGCCCAGCUGGUGGGCGGUGGUGUGCCCGGCAACUUUCUGUGACAUCCCCCUGGUGCUCUGGGCUGUCUCCAGGCAACGGUUUGUGACUGCGUGGCCCUCACUGCUUAAAUCUGGGCACGGCAGCUCAGACCAGUGGCUUGUGCCUCUCCUGCAGCCGAGUGUUUGUGCAAGGUCUCAAGCGAUGAAUUAGGCGUGCCUCGGCACUGGGUCGUGAUCUCGGAGUUACUUCUUGCGGCUCUCAGAGACUCACAUCCCCAGAGCCACUUCUGCCUUUCUCCCAGCCCUGGUCCAACCAGGCAGCUGGGACAUCCCAGAGGUGCACGUGCACCAGCAGAGAGUGACACCCUCUGCUGCAGUAUCAGUACCAGGGAGCACAUUGUCAUCUGCCGCUCCCCCCAGCCCACUGCAGCUGGUGGCGAGCAUGGAUGCGGCGUUGGACAUCCGCUGCCCCAUAUGCCUGGACACCUGGGGCAGCGCCGCUUACACUCUGCCAUGUUUCCACCAAUUUUGUUUCCCCUGCAUUCAGCAGUGGGCUCACAGCAAGCCCGAGUGCCCGCUCUGCAAGAGCAGACUGACAUCAAUUGUGCACUCGGUGCAAGCUGAUGAUCAGUUUGAGGAACUGGUCAUCAGACCAUCAUCAUCAGCAUCCAUUGAUGCCAACAGCCCCCCUGCCCAGGCACCCAGGCCUCUGGUGGGGGUCCUCCCUCCGCACACCUGGGGCCAACUUUUCCACCAUCACACUGCUCUGCUCCAGCCCCUGCUCUCCUGGAUGUGCCGGGAGCUGAGGAACAUCUCCCGGAGGUGGCGUUCACAGGCACUCAUCUUAGAGAAUGCUGUCAUGGAGACACUGUGCCUCUUUGGACUGGAGGAAGACCUGCUGGUCCAGCUGCUGGAGCUCUACCUCGGUGAGAAUGCAGCGAUGUUUGUGCAUCACCUCCUCAACGUCGCUGUACAACAGUGUGGCAGGGUAGCUCACCGCCUGCUGGGUCUCAACAUUGCACCUGCGGCCGAGCAUCGGGAGGCCAGCCCCAUACCAGAACCUGGCCCAUCUGGUCCCGAAGGGGUGGCUCCUGCACCUGGCCCAGCUCCCUCUCACCAGUCCACCAGCUCCAAUGGGGAUGAGGUGCCCGGCAGUUCAAGAGACAGCCUUCGAGAGAGUGCCAGCCACCCUCACUCCACCCCUGCUGCAGACCCCGUGGAGCAGGGCACCUCGUGAGGAGCCACAAGAGGCAGAAGCAGGUCCCUCCACUGCCAGGCGGGGCAGGGGCUGCCCACCUGGGGGGCCCCGGCGAGCCCCCAAAAGGAAGAACACCUCCUCCCAGGCCUCUUCACCACCCAACAAGAGGCCACCCCACCAGCAACAAUAGAAGACCUGCCGAGACAAGGGCCAGACAGCAUCUGAGACACAUGCCGGCCCCAAAGGACCCAAAGGUCAUCAGGGUCCUAUUCCACCACACAGAAUACAAAUAAAAUCACAGAAAACAUGUCAGUGUUGCGAACAGCACAGUGGUCAUUGCCAUCCCCACCCCUGCUGCUUUCUCCUCCCUUUCCUGAUGCCGUGCCCACUUUUAGCCCUGUUGCAUUGCUGCCCUGACAGCAUCCACUCGUCUCCUUAGCCGCUCCCAGGAAGGUGCUUCCAGCCUGGGGGGCUUGAGCCCAGCCCAUGCCCUGGCCUCAUCACCCCAGCCUGGCCUUCUCCUCACCACAGCCUCUGACCCCGCGGCUAGGGCUCUGCUUUCCUGCCAGCCUGCACUGCU